ACCAUAGUGAGUGAAGGGUUGCUCUCCACAGAUGAAGAGUGGUGGACCAAGAUGAAUGAGGGGCGGAGGUUCCCAGGCGGGGAAAAGUGGCCGGCCAUGAAUGCAGUGACUUAUGAUGAUGUACAUGUUGACUUCACUUGGGAAGAGUGGGCUCUGCUGGAUCCUUACCAGAAGAGUCUCUACAAAGAUGUGAUGCUAGAGACCUACAGGAACCUCACUGCUAUAGGCUACAAAUGGGAAGAUCAUAAUAUUGAAGAACAUUGUCAAAGUUCUAGAAGACAUUUAAGGUAAUUUUCAUGUGCAAGCUAAUACAAAUAUGCCUCAGAAGAAAUAUUAGGUGUCUGGAAGUUCUAAAGAAAGUAACAGUGUAAAUAAGCCCAGCUUCCUGAUCCAGCUGGGACCUCCUGUUCCCCUAAGCUCUC